AUGGCUCCUCAUCCCCUCGCCAUUCUCUCCGAGGAGGAGAUCAACCUUGCCCGCGACAUCGUCGUUGCCCAGCACCCCAACACUGUCAUUGAUUUCCGAGAGAUCUUUCUUCAAGAGCCUCCGAAAGGCCAGCUCCUCGAGUUUCUUGCCCUUGAACAUGCCGGCCGCCUGAGCCCGACGUCACCUCGUCCCCCUCGCCUGGCUCUUUGCCAGUAUGAUGUUAUUGGAGCGGACCGUGUCCCCUCAUACGAGGAGACUGUGGUAGAUGUUGUUGCAUCGAAGAGUGUCAAGCAUACUAUUGUUGGAAAGCAGCACCAUGCAGCUCUAACACUGAGCGAGUUCGACACGCUAGUAGAACGUUGCUUCGCCUCACCACUGUUCAAAGAAGCCCUCGCCGAGUUCGACCUACCAGAAGGCUUUGAGGUUGUUAUUGAGCCCUGGCCCUAUGGUGGUCUUGACCUUGCCGAGCCGAAUAGACGGUUCUUCCAAGGACUGUGCUUCGCCCAGGAUGCGACGAAGAAGAACGCCGAUGCCAACUUCUACUCCUACCCUCUCCCGCUCAUUCCCGUCAUGGACGCCCAUACACAAGAGAUCAUCCGAAUUGACCGUCCGGCCACGGGUGGCAAGGGUGAUGGAUUGAGGGAACAGACUUUCAAGCGCGACAUCAUCGGACAUUGUAAGGCGUCAGACUACGUGCCUGAACUGCUCCCCGAAGGCACUCGUAAGGACCUCAAGCCACUCAACGUGAUCCAGCCUGAGGGCCCUUCGUUCCGCAUUACCAACGAGUCACUGGUCGAAUGGCAAAAGUGGCGUUUCCGUGUUGCUUUCAACCCUCGUGAGGGUGCCACUAUCCACGACGUGUGGUAUGAUGGCCGCAGUGUCAUGCACCGCUUGAGUAUUAGCGAAAUGACCGUUCCAUAUGCCGACCCUCGCCCUCCGUACCAUCGUAAGCAGGCUUUCGACUUUGGCGAUGGUGGUGGUGGAAACAUGGCUAACAACCUGUCCAUCGGCUGCGACUGUCUCGGAGUCAUCAAGUACUUUGAUGCUGUCAUCACAGGCGCGGAUGGAACUGCCCAGAAGCUACCCAAUGCCAUUUGUCUGCACGAGCAGGAUAACGGCAUUGGCUGGAAACACUCCAACUGGAGGACAGGCCGCGCUGUGGUGACCCGCCACCGUGAGCUGGUUGUCCAGUUUAUUAUCACCCUUGCAAACUACGAGUACAUCUUCGCCUACAAGUUCGACCAGUCCGCCGGUAUCACGGUGGAGGCGCGUGCGACGGGUAUCUUAAACGUCGUCAACAUCGAUGCCGGAAAGGUCAGCGAGUACGGUAACGUGGUUAGCGGAGGUGUCCUGGCCCAGAACCACCAGCACAUCUUCUGUGUGCGUAUUGAUCCAGCCAUCGAUGGGGCCAAGAACUCGGUUCAGGUUGAAGAAUCCCGCCCAGUUCCCAUGAACGAAGCCACCAACCCUAACGGCAACUUCUACAAGGUCAACACCGAGACAGUAGAGAGGGCGUGCUACUUUGACGCUGCGCCUGACUUGAACCGCACAGUCAAGAUGGUCAACCCCCACAAGAUCAACCCCAUCAGCCAGAAGCCCGUUGGAUACAAGUUCAUUCCGCUGGCCACCCAAAAACUGCUGGCAGACCCUCAGUCCAUCCAGGCCCGGCGAGCGCAAUUCGCACAGCACCACGUUUGGGUAACCAAGCACCAGGACGGCGAACUCUAUGCCGGUGGUCGCUACACGCUCCAGAGUCAGGACGAAGUGGAUGGUGUGUCAGAUGCCGUCAAGCGUGGCGACAACGUGGCCGAUACUGAUGUGGUCGUCUGGAGUACUUUUGGCAUUACGCACAAUCCUCGUAUCGAGGACUGGCCUGUCAUGCCCGUGGAAAUCUUCCAGCUCAUGAUCCGACCGGCCGACUUCUUCACGGCCAACCCAUCUUUGGAUGUGCCCUCAUCGAAGAAUGAGGCGUCAAGAGUCGUCGGCAAAUCGGAGUGUUGCCGGAUUGCCCAGCUCUAA